UCUGACGGAUCUGCCUAGAUAGUGAGGCUUGGGGGCAGGGAAACGUCUGUAACUGUCACUAACAGCGAUUGAGUCUGGGUCUAGAAAGCUGGCAAGAUCAGAAAUGAGGGCUUUGUUAUGUACCUAAGAUGCGGAAGCCCUAUAAGGAUUAGAAUUUAGACUGACUAGGAACAGUCAUGAUAAGCAGCUGCGUAUUACAGGCUGUGGACUAUCAGAGAUCUGGAGAGUUGGGUUUUUCGGAAUAUGUGGAGACCAGAGGAUGGGGCCUUGAGGUCAGGGGUGGUGGUAUUUCUAGGAGUCCGAUCAGCAGUCAGUGUCUUUUCAAGUUGGUGUUUCGUGUACUAUGAUGGGUAGCGGAAUCCUGGAAGCUAAUGGGGUGAGAGUUGGUGGAAUAGGAGGAGUUUUAUAUUGAAUUGCCUAUGGGGAUGGUUAUCUGGGGAGAAAAGAUUCCAAUAAUCCUGUCUCCUUAGUGACGGGGUUCUUGGUAGGAAUUAUUAAUAAUUAUUAAAAGUCCUUUAUGAUUUUAUGACUAGAAUCCUGAGGUCAAGAGUCUGUGAGGUUGCUGGUCUUAAUGACAAAGCUCUGUGAGGUCACUGACUGUGUUCAAUGGAGGGUAUCGAUUGUUCUGUGAAGAAUGGUGGUUGGGAACUUCUGUGGAGGGGAUGUAUAUGAAGAAAGAAUGGGAGCAGCUGGAACCUGCACAGAGGAACUUAUCAAUGGGAAAUCAAGAUCCCAAACAAGGCGUGAUCUCUAAGUUGGAAAAAGAAGAGCCAUCACUGGGAGAGGCGAAAACAACCAACCCACAUAGUGUGAGCACGACCAAGAAAUCAGGAGCCAAUGAAAAAGUCCAACAAGAUGAUGAUCACAUAGAGGAAAAGCAGAAACCUCAAGGCAAACUCAUUGAAGAAGCUACAUUCAAGAAGAAAAAUUCAACUAGUAAGAAAAGCAGCACAUGUGCUUUGUUGGAGAAAAAAAAAGUCAGUACAAAACAUGUUCCUUCAAAAAAAAGGCCUCCGAAAUCUGAUUCACAUGGAAAGAGCUUAAAGCAGAAUUUAGAUUUACCUGAUCAGAUUAAAAACACUACAAAAAAGAAAUCUGAUACAGCUAAAGAACACACAAAAUCAUUCAGCCAAACCAUAUCUGAUACAGCAAAAGAUAAAAUUCCAGCUAGAAAGAAAUGUGAGAAAAUAUUCAACAAUAAGUCACGUGGUAAAGGUGACAGAAGAUGUGAGAAAGUGUGCCGCCAUGGCUCGUCUCACACUAAAGAAGACAAGAUCCAGACUGGAGAGAGACAGAAAUCAUCUAGCCAUGGUUCAUCUUCUAAGUCUGAGAAAGCUCCAGCUUCUGGGAAGCCUUAUAAAUGCAAUCACUGUGGGAAGGUCCUCAGCCACAAACAAGGACUCAUUGACCAUCAAAGAACUCAUACCGGGGAGAAACCAUAUGAAUGUAAUGAGUGUGGGAUAGCUUUUAGCCAGAAGUCCCACCUGGUUGUACAUCAGAGGACUCACACUGGAGAAAAACCAUAUGAAUGUGUUCAGUGUGGCAAAGCUCAUGGUCAUAAACAUGCCCUCACUGACCAUCUAAGAGUUCACACUGGAGAGAAGCCCUACGAAUGUAAUGAAUGCGGAAAAACCUUUAGACACAGCUCAAACCUUAUGCAGCAUGUAAGAUCGCACACAGGUGAGAAGCCUUAUGAGUGUAAGGAAUGUGGCAAAUCCUUUAGAUAUAAUUCAUCUCUUACUGAACAUGUGAGAACACACACAGGUGAAAUACCAUAUGAAUGUAAUGAAUGUGGCAAAGCUUUUAAGUAUAGUUCAUCCCUGACUAAACACAUGCGAAUUCAUACUGGUGAGAAACCAUUUGAAUGUAAUGAAUGUGGGAAAACUUUCAGCAAAAAGUCCCACCUGGUUAUACAUCAAAGAACUCAUACAAAGGAGAAACCUUAUAAAUGUGAUGAAUGUGGGAAAGCCUUUGGACAUAGCUCAUCUCUUACUUACCAUCUGCGAACUCAUACAGGUGAUUGCCCCUUUGAAUGUAAUCAAUGUGGUAAAGCCUUUAAGCAAAUUGAAGGCCUUACUCAACACCAGAGAGUUCAUACUGGUGAGAAACCCUAUGAAUGUCCUGAGUGUGGGAAAGCCUUUAGUCAAAAGUCCCACCUCAUCGUGCAUCAGAGAACUCACACAGGGGAGAGGCCCUUUGAAUGUUGUGAAUGUGGGAAAGCAUUCAGUGCAAAGUCACAGCUUGUUAUACAUGAGCGAUCCCACACUGGAGAGAAACCCUAUGAAUGUAACGAAUGUGGUAAAGCCUUUAAACAAAACGCUUCUCUUACCAAACAUAUGAAAAUUCACUCAGAAGAGCAAUCUCAUGAGGAAAAUUAAUGUAGGAAAUCUGACGACUGACUGGUUUGGUCUCAUUGAAUGUUAAAAGAUGGUUUCAACUUGAUGCAGGUUAGAAAAUCUUUUUUAAGGAAAUCAUUCCUUGUUAUACAUGAGAGAAUUCGAAUAUGGAUCUUUACAUAAGAGCAAUGGAUUAAUAAUAAAAUUUAAACUUGAUCCUAAACCUAUACAGAAAAUACUGUAUUUUUACACUUGUUAUAAAUUAUCACCAUAUUUAGAACAAAAUAUGAAUCUUAAAAAUGUGAAUAAGGAUUUGGGGAGAUAAUCAGUAAAAUUAUUCCUGAGCAAGUAUGAGGACCUGAAUUCCACUCUUAGGAUGUAGGGGCAUGUGCUUGCAAUCUCAGAACUGGGACAGCUGAGACAGCAGAGUGCCUGAAGUCACCUGACCAUCCAGACUAACCAUGUGUCACAGGGAGGAAAUCUGCUUUAAAACAAGAUACAGUUAUCCUGAGGAAAAUAUAUUUGACAUUUGGCCUGCACAUAUGCACUCACACAUAUGCACACACACACAAUUGUGAAAUAUUAUAGUAACAAAUGAACAGUAAAAUAUGCCAAGAAUUCACUAGGCUGUUGUGUACUUAAGCACCACAAUUAGUAUUUGUAUUUAUGCUUUUGCAUACUUACUGCCUUGUGUAAAAUAAAAGUGUGGUCAUCCCCUCUGGGAUGAUCUAGCUUUCUUCGCUAAUGUCUAUGUUGGCUCUGAAUCAGUAGAAAACUUACUAGUUUCUUUUUUUUUUUUUUUUUGGAAAUAGCAUCAUCUAGUCCUAGCUAGCCUAGAACUUGCUAUGUAGACCAAACUGGCUUCAAACUAACAGAGAUGUGCUUGUCUCUGCCUCCCAAGUGCUGGGAUUAAAGGCUUGAAUAGGAAAUUUAAGGGGUUUUGUCUAGAUAUUGUUAAUGAGAGAUUAAGGAAAAGUGGAAAAGCUUAAAAAAUGUGCUGGUAGAGAAUGAUGCUCAAGUUAUGUUGUUAAGCACCGAAAGUGGAUUAUUGAACAGUGCAUAUAGUAUAUUCUCAAUUUGGACAAAGACGGUGUGUUUGCCUGUCUUUUUCUGCCUCUUUGCAUACAAAUGUAUUUAUACUCAUAUAUUUGUAUAUGAACAGACUUGUUUUUUUCGAUCUAGAAGAAACUUUAGUGGUUACCACUGAACACAGAAGUACAGGAUUGAGGUCUGACAUUUUUAUCAUGUACAUGUGUUUAUAUUCAAAUAUAUGUUAAAAUACUUUCAUAUGCACAAAUUAACACAGUUUAAAAAAUACAGCUAAGUCAAUUCCACAGUGUUGUUUGACAAAGUAAUAUAAGGUUUCUAAGCUCAUUUAUGAACAAUGAAUUUGUGGUAUAUGGCACUAAACCUUGAUAUUGAAUUCACACAAAGAUUUUCCUUUUGAACACAGGUUUUGUUAACAUAAUGAUUCACAACUGUAACAGUAUUUUAUUUCCCUUGUUUGCUAUUAAAUUGAAGAAGAAUUCUGGGUACAAUUGAAUGAAAGUGAUAUUUUGAACCAUCAUUCCAUUUUAUGUCAUAUUCAGAGUGCUCAUUUACAAAUGCCUUAGUCACGAAUUUCAGCUGUAUUGCAACAAAUGUCUCCAUACCUUGUUGCCCAGUGAGCAGAUAUUGUUGAUGGAUCACUCACUCUGCUUCUCUCAGAGUCUGUUUCAGAAUAUCAAGCAUGCAUUCCAGCAGAAGGUUCUGCCUGUCAGUUUAACUUUGUUCAAGAGACCUAUCUGCCGUUGCCUGCUUUACUAGCUGGUGUCUAACUGCUGUGAUCAAACACCACGACUAAAAGCAACUUGGGGAGGAAAGGGUUUAUUUCAUCUUACAGCUUAUAGUCCAUCUUCCAUGGAAGCCAGGGCAGGAACUGAAGGCAGAGACCUUAGGUAAUAAGUGAAGCAGAGGCCAUGGAGGAGUACUGCUUACUAGCAUGCUUCUCAUAGCUUGCUCAGCACACUUUUGCACACAGGUGGACAGCCUAGGGAUGCACCGUCAAUCGAGGGAGUGCAGCGCAGCUUUUCUCAUGGGCCAUUCUAGUUGGGGCAUUUUCUCAGCUGACGUUUCCUCACACAGUCAUAGUCCUGGCACAUAGGAAGCUGAAUCAAGAAGAUCAUGACUUUGAAGCAAGCCCUACCUUACUCCUU